UCGUUUAUUGUCUAUCGGUAAUCAUAUAAAAAGGACUCAAUGAUCAUAUUCGAAAGAAGAUUCCAAAGUUUUCAUGAAUAAUUUGUAAUUAAUUUAUUUGAUUAAAGAAGGAUACAAUUAUUUGAUGUUAUCGCUCGUCUUAAAGAGGACUGCAUAUUAGUAAAUGUUCAACUUUGACUAAAAGUGAUUCAAAAAUAGUUGAUUUGAAAUAAUUUACCAAAUGAUUGACGAACUGAAAUUAAAUAGACUUAGAAGAGUAAAAUAUUGUUCGAAGUGCUGUAUAAACAUCUGAGACAGAAAACAUGACUCGUAAUACUUUCUUGUGUUUAGUAGUGACUUGCAUGGAUAUUGUUACUCAUAUGGUGAAUACAGCACCGACUCUACCACGAAAAGGCCUAUCCCUGUGUGACCUUCAUAUAACCGCUUCUCAGGAGAGAGUGUUAAAGUGUGCGGUAAAAGCGGGUGAGGUGAUGGACUACAGGGAGGUACGGACAUGGUCAGCGAGUGAACAGAACGCGAACUAUUCCAUUCAGAUAAUAUGCAAUGGCGGUGCAAUUCACCUUCCCUGGCCAUUUAAAGCCCAAAACAUACACUCUCUUGAAGUGGACGGAUGCAAAGUCCAAGGGUUUCUGUCAGAGAUGACAAUGGUACAGACGUUACCAGAUCAGCUGCGAACUUUAGCCCUGACUAGAUCUACCAUUGUGAUUCCAUUUUCUGAAAUGUUUCAGUUGAGAAAUAAUCUAAACAUGAUUCCACGGGAGACAGACUGUGGUCAAAAUACACUGGAGUCACUUGUGUUAAGAGAUGUGCAUUACGACCUCAUAAUGAGUCCAGAAGAGCGUGAUAAAAUGCCGGGGCUGCUAACAGACUCGCACUCCAGGAGAAAACAUGAGGUGAAGAAAACGCCCUGUGUGUAUCCUCACCUAAGAUAUGUGGAUGAAAGUGGGAGCAGAAAAACUGGCCAGUAUCAUUUAAAAUUAUUACCCGAGUAUUCACGAUUUCCAAAACUAGAGGUGUAUAACAUGUCCAGAAAUGAGUUGAGUCACGUUCCAGACUUUUUUCGACAUCUUCAUUCCGAAAAGUUCCCUUCUCUGAAGCAUCUUGACUUUUCUAACAACAUUUUGCAUAGUUUUGAAUUCGAAUUCCCGAAAAAUUUAAAGGCAUGUAGUUUGAAAGUUGUUGAUUUGCAUAACAACAGAAUAGCAACGAUUCCACAAGAGGCAACGGACAAACUCAAAUCAAUAGGAACAAUUCUUGUGGACAUGCGAGAAAAUCCUUUGCGAUGUAGCUGCCAGUUAACAGAGUUCAGGAACUAUCUAGAGACACAAUAUACGAUGACAACUAACCUGGCUCAUCGCAAGUUGGUCUCCGACGUGACUUGUACAUUGAGCCCUAUCUUUCAUGACAACACUUUGAAAGUCAGCGUGCUUGAUUCAACAUUUGACAAAAAGUGCAAGGGAUAAUAUAAUGGCUAAACCAUAAUUCUUCGUAGUUCUUCUGAGAAUAUCUGCAAUAACUUGAAAAAAGAUAUUUAUAUAGAAGGAUAAACAACGGCUACAAAGUGUAUACAGGGAAAGCAAUUACAAAUCGGCCGACAUUAAAUAUUCGUAUAGGGAAAACAUUACAAUUGGAAUACGACCGACAUUGAAUAUUCGGAGAGAUCAAUGUCACAGUGAUGGAUGGAAGAUGAAAGACGGGAUCAAGAAUUGUCACCUAGUGCUAACAUUUCAUUGCAAUAAAUACGUCUCGUUUUAAUAUGCAGAUAUCAAUGUGACAGUUCUGAAUCCGUCACUUAAUGCAAAUGCAUAUCAAAAUGUAUAGUCAAAUGCUUUAUAAGUGGUUGCUUAUAUUUAUUUUUCCAUGAAAAGCUGCCUUUGUGACAGUUGAUAUUUGAUUAAUAUUUUGUCAUGAACAAUAAAUGCCUUUUUAAAAUUACGUGCAUUUCUCCAAUAGUUUUACAUGCGUGUAAUAAUAUUUAGUAGACCAAUAUCACUCAAACAAUUUUUAAUGCUUUUCAAAUAGCAUUUAGAUAUCUUUGGUUAUGUAUAAGACUACAAUUCAGUGCUGACUACAAGAAUCACUGCAAAUAUCGC